AUGGCUCAGCAUCUUAGAAAAUAUCCCAGCACCCUAUUAAAACCAAAUCAAAACCAAGCCAUCGUUAAAACCAAGCGAAACCCAUGUGCACAAGCUGCUGGAAGUAAGACACCUUUUAGACCAGCACCCUUACCCGUUCUUUCUUUUGCAAGUUCUGGUAGGAAAACCAAUAGGAAAAGCAAGAGGCGCCUCACCCAAGAUGGAAGAAGUCAGCUGCAGGAAAACCUUGGAGUCCUAAAAUGCUCUGUCCCAAUGUGCUUGGAUUAA